UUAAUUUUCUUACUUAAAACCACUGUAAUGAUUCAAUCAGCCUCCAUUGCUCUCCUUUACGCUCACCUCACAAACACUCCAGACCGCACUCCGCAGUCCCUCCCUCGUUAGUCGUCUUCCCUUCCUUCGCUUUCUUCCUGUUUCAACACAAUCUUCUUCUCCCAAACACUAGAUCUCAAGCUACGUUUCCUUUUUUCUUUUAUCCGUUUUAGAUUCUGUUUGUUGUGAUCCUCGUGCUCCGGGUUCGAGUCGAGAUGGCUGCUCGGCGUUUGAUGUAUUUUUUGUUGACGGCGUGGCUGAUGGUUCAGAAUGGCAGUGCGGCGGUGCCGUUGUCGUCGAGGCUUGUUCACUGGUUCUCGGACGAAGUGAGGGCGUUUAGGAUUUCGAGAAACGGUAGUGCGGUUAGUUCGUCGUGGCCGGAGCGGAAGGGGAGCGUUGAGUACUAUCAGAUGCUGCUGAGCAGUGACUUCCGGAGGCAUAACAUGAAGCUCGGAGCUCAAAAACAGUUGCUUUUUCCUUCCCGAGGGAGCAAUACGAUGUCGUUCGGAAAUGACUUCGGAUGGUUACAUUACACGUGGAUUGAUAUUGGGACACCGAAUAUUUCGUUUCUUGUUGCAUUGGAUACUGGGAGUGAUCUACUUUGGGUUCCAUGCGAUUGCGUACAAUGUGCUCCCUUAUCUGCUCGUUACUACAGUAGUUUGGAUAGAGAUCUGAAUGAGUACAAUCCAUCUAGUUCAAGCACCAGCAAGCAUCUAUAUUGCAGCCAUCGGUUAUGCGAAUCAGGUCCAAACUGCAAAAGUCCCAAGCAGCCAUGCCCUUACACUAGAGAUUACUACACAGAAAACACAUCAAGUUCUGGGUUGCUGGUUGAGGACGUGUUGCAUCUUGCAUCUGGAGGUGCAAAUGUGUCGAAAAAUUUCGUUCAGGCUCCAGUCAUUAUAGGAUGUGGUAUGAAACAAAGUGGUGGUUACUUGGAUGGCGUGGCUCCGGAUGGUCUCAUGGGUCUCGGAUUUGGAGAGAUUGCAGUUCCAAGUAUUCUUGCUAAAGCAGGAUUAGUCCAGAACUCUUUCUCAAUAUGCUUCAAUGAGGAUGAUUCUGGGAGAAUUUUUUUUGGGGACUUAGGACCAUCCAUCCAACAGUCUACUUCGUUCUUGCCAUUAGAUGGAAUAUAUAAAACCUACAUUAUUCGGGUGGAGGCUUCUUGUAUUGGAAACGCAUGUCUUGAGCAGACAAGCUUCAGGGCACUGAUUGAUAGUGGGACAUCAUUUACGUUUCUUCCAGAUGAGUUGUAUGAAAAAGUUGCAAAGGAGUUUGACAGACAUGUCAAUGCUACAAGGUCUAGCUAUGAAGGAUCUCCUUGGAAGUAUUGCUAUAAGGCCAGUUCACAGGAGUUGCCCAAGGUUCCCUCCGUGACACUUGUUUUCCCAUUAAACAACAGCUUUGUGGUCCAUAACCCUGUUUUCAUUAUCAAUGGCAAUCAGGGAGUUGUUGGCUUUUGUUUAGCCAUACAGCCAGCAGGUGGAGAUAUUGGAACAAUUGGACAGAACUUCAUGACGGGAUACCGUAUGGUGUUUGAUAGAGAAAAUUUGAAGUUAGCCUGGUCACACUCAAAUUGUCAGGAUCUCAGUGAUGGUAAACAAAUGCCGCUUAUUUCUCCAAAUGGCACACCAUCGAAUCCAUUGCCGACAAAUGCUCAGCAGAGCACCCCUGGUGGGCGUGCAGUUCCUCCUGCUGUUGCUGGAAGAGCUCCAUCCAAACCAUCAGCUGCCUCAAGUCGGCUUGAUUUCUGUAGGUCCUGUUUGUUAAGAUCACUGCCGGUGGUGCUGCUUCUAUUUCUCAAUAUUUUUUCAGACUUUAAAGCGGAUACUGGCAUCAUCUCAUAGAUAUUUAAUUAGUUUAGGUAGCCUUGCAUGUAAAUCCCGGGUUGCUCGUUUUUGUUUUUUCACAUGGUCUAUUUUUUUUCUUCUCUUUUCUCAAAUAAGUAAUAUGUAGCUGUCAUGUUGUGUCAUCCAAUGCCCGCAAUUUUUACCUUAUGGGUCAUUGGAUUAGUUGGGGGCUUAUGGUAUAAUUCUCUUCAUCUUGCA